AUGGUAUUGAGCAAUACUGCGUUUCUGGCAUUGCCAUCAACGCCCGUGCGGCAUCGAGGUCAUCGUUCUUGUUGUUCAAGGCGACCGCAGGCGGUGAAUUGGUUGCAGCGGACUCGAGCGUGUGCAGCGUCGUCAGGCCGCAACCCAGCGUUCAGCGCUGGAACGUCACAAACGGCAGUGUUGCCGCUUACGCGUGCCAUUCUGUUUGACUGCGACGGAGUCUUAGCUGAUACUGAAAGAGACGGUCAUAGAGUAGCGUUUAACCGCGCCUUUCGCGAGUUUCGUAUCGAUGAAGAGAAGGCCACCUGGGACGUCAACCUCUACGGCCAGUUGUUGGAAGUCGGUGGCGGGAAGGAGCGCAUGACAGCACACUUCAACGAAGUUGGUUGGCCGGACGUCGCGCGAACCCCAGAUGAUCAGCGUGAGCUGGUACAGCGAUUGCACAAACGAAAGACGGAAAUUUUCAUGAAAAUGGUGGACGCCGGAGAGAUACCGCUGCGCGUCGGGGUUGCGAGCCUUAUUCAGCGGGCUUUUGAACGUUCCGACAUGCGCGUGGCUGUCUGUAGCACUUCGAAUGAGGAGGCAGUACAGGCAAUUGUGAACUUGCUGGGUCCAGAUAUUGCUCCGAGAAUACGAGUAUUCGCGGGUGAUGUGGUCCCGCGGAAAAAGCCCGCCCCGGAUAUUUACCUGUUAGCGAUAGAGCAGAUGCGAUUGGAUCCAAACCACACCGUUGUGAUUGAGGACUCUGCCAUUGGCGUGAAAGCCGCGAAAGCAGCUGGAUUAUGCUGCCUCGUGACAAAGAGUGCUUACACGCGUUUUGAGAGCUUCGAAGGCGCCGACGCUGUGAUCGAUGCGUUGCCCAAGGACGGUACAGAGGCACUACGCCUGCUCGAUCAAGUGCUCGUGGCGAGAAGGGCAGCAAAACGGUUCUAA